AUCAAACAAGAACACUUUUUUAACUACUCACAUACCUAACAAAAUAACAAACCAUACACUCUUUCUUUUUCUUCUUCAUCUUUUUCAAUAUUUUCUUCCUUCAACAACAAUGGCUACAACAACAACAACAAGAAAAAACAAAAAUUUCCUCUUCUUAGGUGGAAAAGACAGAAUUACCCCUCUCCCAUCAAGCACAAACACCCUCCAAUUUGAAUUUGAUGAAGCUGAAAUGUGGAGUAAUUCGGAAGAAAUUAAUAGUUUUGAACCCAAAUUAUCAAUACCAAGCUCAAGAUUUUCAAAGAAAACGACGAAAAAAGGCGAAAGAAAGGCGAGUAAUGCGACGUCGUUGCCUGUGAAUAUACCUGAUUGGUCGAAAAUAUUAGGUGAUGAGAAGGGUAAUUUGGGAAAAAAUAUUAUGUUUGAUGAUGAUGGAGAUUCUGAUAAUGAAAAUAGAAUUCCACCACAUGAGUAUUUAGCAAGAACAAGAGUUGCUUCAUUUUCAGUACAUGAAGGAAUUGGAAGGACAUUAAAAGGAAGAGAUUUAAGUAGAGUUAGAAAUGCUAUUUGGAAAAAAAUUGGUUUUGAAGAUUAGUUACUAAUAGUGAAUUUUUUAUUUAUUUUUUUAAGGGUAAUUAUGAAAAUACGGCGUUUUGAAUCAUAGACUAUUAUUGCUGGAAUGGAACAAGUUUUUUGAUUGGAUUAAUGGGUUAAUUUUAUUUUUUUUGGUAAGUUCUUUUGGGGUUAGAAUAGAUUUGAUCCUAUGUUUAUUGAUGUUCAUCUUUUAGUUGUGGACUUCAAUGAGGAUGUAAUGUAAGUUUGUGUUAUUAGAUUUUCUAAUUAGUAAUUUGUAAUUGUUGAUGAG